AUGCCUGCAACCUUGGAGCAUGUUCUAUCACUGCUGCUGAGCUCAAAGGAGCAGCUGUGGGACUUCAAAUUGCUUGGGAUCGAGGCCAUCGAAGGGUGCACCUCAACCUGGAUUCGUCCACUGCAGUUGCUAUCAUUAAGAACUGCUCUGACGAUGAUCACAGACAUGGCCUACUGGCUACUCAUGUCUAUAAUCUUUUGA